ACAUUUGUUAAAGAAAAGAAUAAUCCUGAAAAUAUGAAAGUUCUUCAGAAGUUGCUGCCUGUGAUUAAAGAAUCCAAAUCAGUUCAGUUGUAUGGUUUUGGUGUCACAGAUGAAGGUUGUGCCGCUCUGAUUUCAGCUCUGAGAUCAAACCCCUCACACCUGAGAGAACUGGAUCUGUCUGGGAAUAAACUAGGAGAUUCAGUGAAGCUGCUUUCUGAUGUACUACAGAAUCCUCACUGUAAACUGGAGACACUGUGGUUGAUUGAUUGUGGUGUCACAGAUGAAGGUUUUGCUGCUCUGGCUUCAGCUCUGAGAUCAAACCCCUCACACCUGAGAGACCUGAAUCUGACUGUGAAUAAACUAGGACAUUCAGUGAAGCUGCUUUCUGAUGUACUACAGAAUCCUCACUGUAAACUGGAGAAACUGGGGUUGAGAUAUUGUGGCGUCACAGAAGAAGGUUGUGCUGCUCUGGCUUUAGCUCUGAGAUCAAACCCCUCACACCUGAGACACCUGAGUCUGUCUGAGAAUGAACUAGGAGAUUCAGUGAAGCUGCUUUCUGAUGUGCUACAGAAUCCUCACUGUAAACUGGAGAAACUGUGGUUGUUUAAUUGUGGAGUCACAGAUGAAGGUUGUGCUGCUCUGGCUUCAGCUCUGAGAUCAAACCCCUCACACCUGAGAGAACUGAGUCUGUCUGGGAAUAAACUAGGAGAUUCAGUGAAGCUGCUUUCUGAUGUACUACAGAAUCCUCACUGUAAACUGGAGAGACUGUG